AUGCCAAAACGCAAGCAACAACGAACCGCUGAUGACGAAGCAGAAUUCCAACGAAUUCGGCGUGAAAGAAUUACUGUUAAUCAACGUCGUCGUCGUGAAAUAGCCCGUAAUCAAGCAGUCAAUCCUAUUGCACCUGAAGAAAUUGUAAUUGAACAAAAUCGUAUAAUCGAAUUGCCAUCGGCAAGUUCAAUUAUCAUAAGCAAUGUUAAUGCUGCUCCUAUUUCCACGACAGUACGCCAACGACAGUCUCGAUCACGAAGAAAUAUCAAUUCAAGUAUCAAUCCUGAGAGACACUUAAAUGAUAUCCAUGAGCAUUAUAUUGGGACGAUGGAUACGCUGUGUUCACAUUGCGGUGCUAAACAUUUCAUUGCAGAAAAAAUUACCAACAAAGGACUUUCCUUCAAUGAUUGUUGCAGUCAUGGAGAGGUUUCUCUUGAAACACUACCAAAACCACCUUCAAUUUUAUAUAAUUUAUUCAAUGGAUCACAUCCAAAAUCGACCCACUUUUACGAGCAUAUUCGUAGCUACAAUAACUCAUUCUCUUUUGCGUCUUUCAAUGCGAAUUUAUUUGACUUUGGCAAUAGGCGUCCCGGACCUUAUUGUUUUAAGAUACAAGGACAAAUAUAUUAUCAAAUCAAUACAGCAUUGUAUCCAGAUUCUAACGAAUAUCCGACUUUCGGUCAACUUUUUAUAAUUGAUCCCAAUGAAGCAAUCGAAUUUCGUUGUCAUGAAAAUUCUCGACUUGACCCAGAGAUCGCAGGAUCUCUUGACAUGAUGAUGCGUGAGUCUAAUAUAUUUGCGGAAUCAUAUCAGAUGAUGGGAAUAGAACUGCAGAAUCAACAAGCGGCGAUGAUAACAAACAAUGAGGUUCAACCUGAGUUACAAUUAUUGUUUACAUUAAAGCCAGGAAUGGAUCGUGGUCGUUAUAAUUUUCAGAGGACAAACGAAGUCGCAGUAGUUUUCUCUACUAUGGUGGAUGGAGAAAUUCCAGAAUCAUACGUUACUGUACGCAACAAAACCACAAAAACUUUACAAUACGUUAGUAGUAUGGAUCCUAACGUUGAACCAUGGAUUUACCCUUUGUUAUAUCCAUUUGGCACGAGAGGUUGGCAUAGGGACUUACCGUGUGUUAAUAAAAAUCGUCGCGUAACUCGAGCAGCAUACGUUAAGUAUCGAAUGGCUAUUCGAAACGAUUUUAAUCCCUUUCUAAUGGGUCGUAGAUUAUUCCAGCAAUGGAUUGUUGACAGUUAUGUCAAAAUCGAAAAAGAUCGUAUCGAGUUUUGUAAAAGCCAUCAAACACAAUUGCGCGCCGAAUCAUAUCAAGGACUUAUUGAUCAUUUGCAAAGAGGCGCAACUGAAGCAAACACUCAUGUAGGAAAAAUUGUUAUCCUUCCCUCUACAUUCGUAGGAUCGCCUCGCAAUAUGCUACAACUAUAUCAAGAUUCCAUGGCAAUCGUACGCAAAUACGGCAAACCAGAUAUUUUUUUGACAAUGACAUGCAAUCCACAAUGGCGUGAGAUUAUAGAAAACAUUUUACUAGGUCAGAGUGCAUCAGAUAGGCCAGACAUUGUCGCUCGGGUAUUCAAUAUAAAAAAAGACUAUCUUCUAAACUUGAUUGUAAAGCAAAAAGUCUUCGGAGAAGUUUUAGCUUACGUAUACGUCAUCGAGUUUCAAAAACGUGGCUUACCCCACAUUCAUAUAUUAAUAACGUUAUCACAAAAUUCUAAAAUAACGACUUCUGACGUUGUAGAUCGAUACAUUUCCGCUGAAAUUCCGGAUCCCGACAAGGAUUAUAUAUUGCAUGAGAUUGUAAUGAAAAAUAUGAUCCAUGGGCCAUGUGGGGAUUGGUGCUUAGUACAAGGGAAAUGUUCCAAACAUUAUCCAAAAGAGUUCCGUAACGAAACAACUCUUGACGAAAAUGGCUAUCCUUCCUACCGUCGUAGGGACAUUGGUAUUACUUUUGAACGCCGUGGAAGAUUCGUGGUUGAUAACAGAAACGCCGUGCCUCAUAGUCCAAUAUUAUUACGUUUAUUGAACUGUCACAUUAAUGUCGAAGUCGUUUCAAGUAUUAAAUCUGUGAAAUAUUUAUAUAAGUAUAUACACAAAGGUCAUGAUGCUGCUGCUGUAACUGUAGUUGACGGUAAUCCAAGUAUUGUAGAACACGAUGAAAUACGGGAUUAUUUGGAAACUCGAUAUGUUGGACCUGUAGAAGCUUGUUGGCGUAUUUUAAGUAAGCCAUUGCACGAUAAGAGCCAUUCAAUUACACGUUUGCCUGUACAUUUGCCUAAUCAACAAAGUAUUAUUAUUCAAGACGAACAUAAUGAAGAUGGAAUUAGAGCCGCUUUAGACAAGCAAAGUAUGCUAAUCGAUUAUUUUGCACUGAACGCUCGUGAUCCACAAGCUAGGCAAUACGUAUACGGAGACAUACCUAUUUAUUACGUUUUCAAGAAAGAAUCGGGAACUAAUAUUUUCCAUUGGUAUCCCCGGAAAAAUAGAUUCAAUGUUAUUGGACGAAUGUAUUCGAUUAGCCCAACUCAAACAGAACUAUUUCAUCUUCGUUUAUUAUUGCUAACCGUUAAAGGUGCAACAAGUUUUCACAACCUGAGAAUUGUAAAUGACGAAGUUCAGGAAACUUAUGUGGCAACAUGUUUAGCGUUGGGUCUUAUUCAAGAUGACGAUGAAUGGAAACGAGCAAUGCACGAAGCUGAGGUGUGGAUGAUGCCCCGUCAAUUACGUAGUUUGUUUGUACGGCUUUUAAUCCAUUGUCAUCCGGUUCAUCCGAAUGAACUCUGGGACGAAUUCAAAGAUGCAAUGUCACAAGAUUAUGCAAGACAUGUUAGUACUUUUCAGGCACAUAGAAAAGCGUAUCUACAGAUAAGUGCCAUGCUUUCAACAGAAGGUUCCAGUCUUGCCAUGUUCCCAGACAUGGAACCCAUAUCAGAAAUCGUAGAAGCUGAUGACGAUAUUUUGCCGCAAGAGGCUAGAGAUAUUGGUAAUCACCAAUACGAAAAACUGAAUCAAAAACAAAAAGAGAUCGUUGACCUCGUUUUGAGUAAAGUCGAUAAUGAUUGUGAGGAUGACAAUAAUGGCAAUUGCUUUUUUAUAGAUGGUCCAGGUGGUUCGGGUAAAACUUUUAUUUAUACAACUCUGUAUUACUUACUCAAAAGUGACAAGAGAAAAGUAUGCACCAUGGCUUUUACUGGAAUAGCUGCGACCCUGCUCCCUAACGGAAAAACAACGCAUAAGGCAUUUGCCCUGCCUGUCCCCCUUUUUGCAGAUUCUACAUCGAAUAUUAAGAUCGGUUCGAAAGAAAGUGAAUAUCUGAAAAAUAUAGAUGUUUUCAUUUGGGACGAGGCCCCCAUGGCACCGAAAUAUGCAUUAGAUAUAAUGGAUCGAACUUUACGUGAUAUAAUGAACAACAAUCUACAUUUCGGUGGAAAGAUAGUUGUGAUUGGUGGAGAUUUUAGACAACUAUUGCCUGUGAAAAGCCACGCAACACGUUGUGAAUUAGUUAGUUUAUCUAUAAAAUUCAGUCCACUAUGGAAACAUUUCUCCAAAUUUUCAUUAAUAGAGAAUAUGCGAACUUUGCCUGCUGAAUCGGAAUUCGCUAAGUUUCUACUGGCUGUGGGCGAUGGACGCUUGAAUGAUGAGAAUGACAAUUUACAAAUUCCAUUGCAAUGCCUGGCAGAUACUGGAGCUGAUAUAGUCGAAAAUACAUAUGGAAAUUUAAUUAAAGAAAGACGAUUUGCAGAAUUAUCUACGUCUGCAAUCCUUUCAGCUAGAAACGUUGAUGUCGAAGAAAUAAAUAAACGCGUUGUAGAAUUAUUAGACAUAUCAACAGAACGGAUCUACAUGAGCGUGGAUAGUGCCGAAAAUUGCGAUAAUGGCGAUAUCAACGAAGCUAUUUUACCAGAAUAUUUGAACACUUUAAAUCCAGCAAGUUUUCCUCCGCACGAAUUGCGCUUGCGAACGAAUUGUGUUAUAAUGCUCAUUCGAAAUCUCAGUAUUAACGAAGGACUAUGUAAUGGUACGAGAUUAUUGAUUCUAGAAUUGUCAAAUAAUCUUUUGAAAUGUAAAAUUUUAUCUGGUGACAAGUCAGGAGAAGUGGUAUUUAUUAACCGUAUCACACUAUAUUGCGAAGACGUUUACCCAUUUACUUUCAAAAGACGACAAUUUCCAGUUAAACUGGCUUUUGCAAUGACAAUAAACAAAUCGCAGGGACAAACAUUUGCCAAUAUAGCAAUCGAUCUCCGAAAAGACAUUUUUAAUCAUGGUCAAUUGUACGUCGCAUUUUCUCGAGUACGCUCCUGGGAAGCACUACCACGUAAGGAUAUUUCUUUGACCUGUUGUAUAUAUGUAAUGUUGGUGGCGGUAGUUGAGAAAUUGGGCAACUGGUGUUCACAAAAUCAAUCCGCGCUACUCGACGGACAAAUGAGGACUGAGGAUGUUUUCGAGAGUGGUCCGGCUUAUAUUUCUUCCCAAUAG